ACACAUUACAUAACAGUCUCUCUCACACUCUCUGUGACUCUCUCUCCGUGUUUAUGAAAACUGCACAACUUAUCGCUCAUUCAUUGCUGGCAUUCAUAGGAAUCACUCUCUCGUUGAAUGCAUUGAAAGCCAAACACAGAGACGACUAUAGAUUUGAUUGUAUUUCCAGUUUUGCACACAUUUUCGUCACUCAAUCGCCGAUUCAUUCAAUCGUUUGUUUCAUUGACUGUCGGUUUGGCGAGACUUUCGCAUUGAUGUCACCACUCGUGUGACCAUUCAUUUGAUACCCAUUUGACACUCAUUUGCAACUCAUUUGCCGCCAAACACGCGAAGACAAUGGCAGACGUGGUUGAUAUGAACGACAUUCAGCAACAGUGGAAAGUACUUAACGAUGAGUACCACACACUCGAGGAGGUCCACAAGAACUAUCACAACUCGAUCGUCGAGUUCACGAAACUCCAGAAUAAGUGUCUUAAAGAGAUCACUCACCAGAACUACAGAGUGUCUCAAUUGAGACAAUUGAUCAAAAAAUGCAAGAUAAACAGUGAUGAGGAGAUCCAGGCGAAGGAGGAACUGGUGAAGGCAAUGGAUUCGCGCGUAUCUCACGUCAAAGAGAUCCGCGAAUCGCUUCCCAAACCGAACGGAUUGUAUCUGAAUAUCGUUUUGGGAGCAAUCAAUUCAACGCUUCUGGACAGCGAUCAGCGCUUCAAAUACAAAGAACAGUACGAAAUGUUUAAACUCGUGGUCACGUCAGUGAUACUGGCGGUCAGUCUGGCGGACCUGAUAUUCCAGUCCAGGUAUGCGACGGCGGAGCCGGUGCCCGGAGCGCCGGUAUGUGAUCUAGUAUGUGAUGCUAUACUGCACUUCCUAUUGGUGUGGUAUCACUGCACGCUUACCAUUAGGGAAAGCAUUCUUGUGGUGAACGGUUCCAGGAUUAAGGGCUGGUGGCGGACACUCCACUUCUUGACCACUAUAUUGGCCGGUGUUAUGGUUGUCUGUUAUUCGCCGGACGGCGAGAGUUACAACAAGUUUAGAGUGCAGUUCCUGUCGUACAUCUGUUACUCGAGUUUCUUACAAUUCCUGCAAUACUACUACCAAUACGGCUGUCUGUAUAGACUGCGAGCACUGGGGGAGCGGUACGACAUGGACAUCACGAUCCAAGGGUUUCACUCGUGGAUGUGGAGGGGUUUGGGCUUUCUGUUGCCGUUCCUGUACUUCGGCUACUUUUUCCAGUUCUACAACGCCUACACGUUAUACAACAUGUAUUUCAACGACCGGUCGGGCGUGGAAUGGCAGGUGCCCGCCGUGGCCGCCCUCUACUUCGCCAUAUUCUUGGGCAACACAAUGACAACGUUUCUGGUGAUCCAGCAGAAGCUGACGGGAAAGUCGGUGAAGACUAAACUUAAAUGAAAAACACUUACAAACACAUGAUAUACACAACACAUGCGAACAAAAACGUGUCUCAAAAUCUCUGUUAAAUCGUUUUAAAACGCUUUUUGUUUUCGUGUUUUUGUUUAACAAAUUUUUUUAUGAAUGAUUGAAAACAUAUGCUCGG